GUCUUCUCGGAGUGCACGCAUGCAGUCAGGAGGAUGGACGCGCUUUGGAUGUGCUUUUGGAUCCUUUUGGGAAUAACUGGAGUUUACGGUAGAGUCCAAUUUUGUCCAAACGUGUGCACCUCCAGGGGUGCGAGCACAUGUAAGCAGUGUCUGGCCGUGCACCCCAGCUGUGCAUGGUGCGUCCAAGAGGAAUUCGGUCACGGGGAGGCCAGCUCUUCCCGGUGCGACCGGAAAGCCAACCUGGUGGCUGCAGGCUGCGCUCCUCCGGCCGUGGAGUCUCCAAACAGCAGAAUGCAGGUGAUAGAGGACCGGCCCCUCAGCAAGAAGGCGGCGGGGGCCACGCAGGACGUGAACCAGAUCAAGCCCCAGAAACUCCACAUUACCCUCAGGCCUGACGACGCCAAGCGCUUUACUGUAAAGGUGCGCCAGGUGGAAGACUACCCCGUGGACCUUUACUACCUCAUGGACCUCUCCUACUCCAUGAAUGAUGAUCUCUACCGCUUGAGGACGCUGGGCAAGGGCCUGGCCGAAGCCAUGAACCGCACCACCAGCAACCUCCGCAUGGGCUUUGGAGCCUUUGUGGACAAGCCGAUCUCCCCUUACAUGUACAUCUCCCCCAAGGAGGCAGUCAAGAACCCUUGUUACAGCAUAAACACCACCUGCCGGCCACAGUUUGGUUACAAGCAUGUCUUGUCACUGACGGAUAAAGUGAGCCGCUUCACCGAGGAAGUGAGGAAGCAGAUGGUAUCCAGGAACCGGGACGCCCCCGAGGGAGGCUUCGACGCCAUCCUCCAGGCGGCCGUCUGCAAGGAGCAAAUCGGCUGGCGUCCCGGAGCGUCCCACCUCCUCAUCUUCACUUCAGACGCCAAGACGCACGUGGCGCUGGACGGCCGUCUCGCCGGGCUCGUGCAGCCCAACGACGGACGUUGCCACCUCAACCCGGCCGACCUGUACAGCAUGUCCACCAUCAUGGAUUACCCAUCCCUCGCUCUCAUCACAGAGAAGAUGUCAGAGAACAACAUCAAUCUCAUCUUUGCUGUCACCAACCCUGUGGUUUCUUUGUACCAGAACUACAGCGAGCUGAUUCCCGGCACCACUGUGGGAACACUGUCCAACGACUCUGGCAAUGUUAUUCAGCUCAUUUUGAAGGCCUACGCAAAAAUUCGCUCCAAAGUGGAGCUGGAGCUUCUGGGAGUCCCGGAGGAGCUGUCCCUCUCCUUCAACGCCACGUGCUUGAAUGGCGAAGUCAUCCCAGGCCUCAAGUCCUGCUCGGGACUCAAGAUCGGAGACACGGUGUCCUUCAGCGUGGAGGCCCGAGCACGAGCCUGCCCCAAACAGAAGAAGAAGAAGACCUUCAUCAUCAAGCCGGUGGGCUUUAAGGACUCGCUGUCCAUCACCGUCACCAUCGAGUGCGACUGCAAGUGCCAGAACAAGGCUCAGCCCAACAGCCCCAAGUGUCACCACGGCAACGGCACCUUUCAGUGUGGCAUCUGCAUGUGCCACCCGGGGCGCCUGGGCCCGCACUGCGAGUGCGCCGAGGGCGACUACGGGCCGGCCGACCAGGACCACUGCACGGAGCCCGGCGUGUUCGGCGUCUGCAGCGGGCGCGGGGACUGCGUGUGCGGCCAGUGCGUGUGCCACAGCAGCGACUUUGGCAAAGUGUGGGGGAAGCUCUGCGAGUGCGAUGACUUCAACUGCCUUCGCUACAAAGGCGAACUCUGCUCCGGCCAUGGCAUGUGCAACUGUGGCUUUUGCCAGUGCGCCCCCGACUGGCAGGGGGAGAACUGCAACUGCUCCACGCGCACCGACACAUGCAUGUCCCACCUGGGCUUGCUGUGCAGUGGGCGUGGCCAGUGUGUGUGCGGCACUUGUGAGUGCACCCAGCCCGGAGCCUACGGGGCCACCUGCGACAAAUGCCCCACCUGCCCUGACGCGUGCACCAUGAAAAAAGAAUGUGUGGAGUGUAAACAUUUCAAAAGAGGCCAGCUCUUUGAGGACAACACCUGCGCUCGCAUUUGCAAGGAUGAGAUUGUGCUCCUGGAAGAAUUAGUGCUUCAUGACACAAACGCAGUGAACUGCACCUACAAGGACGAGCACGACUGCGUGCAGCGUUUCCAGUACUACGAGGACGCCAGCGGCAAGGCCAUCUUGUUUGUCGUCAAGGAGCCAGACUGUCCCGAGGGUCCGGACGUUUUGGUGGUGCUGCUCUCUGUGGCGGGGGCCAUUUUGUUCCUGGGCUUGGCUACACUGCUCAUUUGGAAGCUGCUGAUCACCAUUCACGACAGGCGGGAGUUUGCCAAAUUUGAAGAAGAGCGCGCACGGGCCAAGUGGGACACGGGACACAAUCCUCUUUAUAAAGGGGCCACGUCUACCUUCACAAACAUCACAUACAGAGGAAAAGACUGACGCUGGCUGAAAACAUUCCAUGAAUGAAAUGGGAUUUCACUGUCGCAAGGCACAGAACCAUGUGCAGGUCUCUACUGUCACGAGGCGAUAAAUAAUGAGAAUUAUCAUUUUGUAAAUAUGUAGAAAUGACUGUGUGGCUCUUGAUCAGGGAUUCGUCACAAAAUGACCAUCUGUCU